AUGUACUUGGGUUGCAAAUUAUAUAGUCAAAAGCACCUGGAGGCAGUUUACUACAAGCUUUGGGCGUCGACAGCAAAUUGGACACAGCGAAGCAACUACGGUUGGUACCAGGUGUGGUCUCGCUUUGCCCCAUGGACUUUCUAUGUGGCCGCGCCAACUGCUGCCUGGUACAGCUUCGGCCUGCAGCUCAUGGAGUGUGCAAUGCGUGACUUCGUUUUUGAGUUCGACAUGUUACAAGGCUGGUGGAGUGAUGAGUGGAAGAAGAUCUUGACGCUCGGCAUUUACGAGUCCCGAACCCAGGCGUUAGUCGCUCCUGGCCAACCCCCAACUGGGGAGAGUUCUCCAGGUUCCGUAACAAUGUGGUAUUUGCGGCUCCUACUGGUGGCCGCUAUUGUCUCCACAGAAGGCGCCCUUCUGAAAGGAGGCAGCAGACUUCGUAGCAAAGUGCGGGCAAAAGUUGGACAUCAUCAUGAGGCGCUCUUGUUCAACAAGCACUUGAAGUCGAAAAGUAUCCAGAAGCAGAUGGACGCCAUGUCAACAGAGAUUGUGCACAAGACUGCGUACUGGGGAUCGAUUCGAGUGGGGACCCCACCGCAAGAGUUCAAGGUGAUCUUUGACACAGGCAGUGGGAACUUGAUCCUUCCCACAACGGCUUGUAGAUCUGAAGGGUGUGCCAGGCACAAGAAGUACAAUCCCAAGGAUUCUUCGAGUGCGUCUGAGGUGACCAAUGAGAACGGAGAGGGCUCAACGGAAAUUACCUUUGGCACUGGCGCAAUUACAGGUGACUUUUAUGAGGACAAGUUCUGCAUCGCUGAUUCACUCUGUUCAAAGGUACGCUUCAUCGGAUCCGUGGAGCAGAGCGCAUCGCCCUUCUCCUCCACUCCCUUUGAUGGUAUCCUGGGCCUUGGCUUCAAGGACCUGUCCAUGGGGCAUGACUUCAACAUCCUCGAUGACAUGUAUCAGACUGGAGCACUGCCAGCCGGGCUCUUCUCUGUGUUCCUGACUGAGGAUGGCAGCAGCGAAAUCACAUUCGGAGGCUACAGGUCUGAGCUGCUUGCUUCAGAAGUGGUUUGGGCGCCUGUGACACAUGAAUCCUAUUGGCAGGUGGCUGUCUCGGACAUCACCUUCAACAACGUCGAGAGUGGCCUUUGCGGCGGUGGAUGCCAGGUUGCAGUGGACACCGGUACCUCUAUGCUUGCUGGGCCUUCUUCACUGGUCAGUAGCUUGCAGGCCAAAGUCGCUCCAGAGGCAGACUGCUCCAACUAUGAACGCUUGCCCAACAUCGGCUUCAAGAUUGGGAACAAGAUCCUGAACCUCAAGCCUGAAGACUACAUGGACAGAGAUCAGACUGGAUGCAGCUUCUCUUUGAUGCCUUUGGAUGUCCCGCCGCCGAGGGCCUCAGCUUGA